AUGGCAAACAAAGAUGCUCAGCAGCUAAGUGCAUCAACCCAAGUGCAUAAGGUGUCAACGGAUUUCAGAUACAAAACAGUAGGUGGCAAGCCAUGCUAUCGCUGUGGGAAACCAGGUCACCAAGCAGAGGAGUGUUGGUGCAAAGACUUAGACUGCAGAAGUUGUGGCAAAAAGGGUCACAUUGAGCGUGUGUGUAAAAGCAAAAAUGGACAGUCAAACAAAAAUACUGAACAAAGGAAAAGUGACUUCAGGAAGUACAAAAAGAAAGUGCACGAACUGGAACACACAGAGGAAGACCAAAGUGACACCCCAUCGGAAGGGGAAGAGUCUGUGCAUGUUUUGUCUUUCUCAGAUGAUGGGCAUGGAUACUGGGUUACACCGCUACUGGACGGAAAAGCAGUACGAAUGCAAGUGGACACAGAAGCAGCUGUAUCUUUGGUGUCUGAGGUUGUAUACAAGGAGAAACUACAUCACCUCACACCACAGCCAACGAAGAUCACCCUGAAAACGUACACUGGUGAGACUGUACCAGUGAGAGGAAUCGUGACUGUAACAGUGAAGCUCAACAAACAGAAGGUAAAGCUACCACUCUACAUUGUGAAGGGCAGUCAGCCAGCUUUGCUAGGACGCACAUGGCUGGAAAAGAUCAAAUUAAACUGGCAGGAAAUUCAUAUGGUUGCAAAAGUUGAGGACAUAAACCUACAAGGAAUAUUGAGGAAACAUGCUGAAAUAUUCAAAGGAGAACUUGGUAGUAUGAAGGACAUAACAGUUAAAUUGACAGUGAAACCAAACAGUAAGCCCAAAUGCUUCAAAGCCAGGCCUGUUCCAUAUGCCAUAAAGCCAAAAGUUGAAGCUGAACUAGACAAACUAGUCAAGAGUGAAGUACUGGACCCAGUAAGUGUUAGUGAAUGGGCUACACCAGUUGUUCCAGUCAUGAAGAAAGACGGAUCCAUCAGACUUUGUGGUGACUUCAAAGUCACUGUUAACCCUGUCCUGACAGCUGAACAGUAUCCAUUACCCCUCAUUGAUGAUCUGUUUGCUGGUUUAGCUGGAGGACAGAAAUUCAGUAAGAUAGACUUAUGUCAGGCCUAUCUUCAAAUGCAUGUUGACGAAGAAUCACAAGAACUGUUGACAAUAGUGACUCACAAAGGACUGUUCAGGUACCGGAGGCUUCCCUUUGGGAUCACCUCAGCCCCGGCUUUGUUCCAGAGAGCUAUGGACCAGAUACUGAGUGGGCUCACCGGUGUCCAGUGCUACCUCGAUGACCUUCUCAUCACUGGUAAAGACGAACAGGAGCACCUGACAAACCUUGACGCUGCACUUAAGAGACUGGAGGAGUACGGACUGCGGGUCCGGACGGACAAAUGUGAGUUUUUCCAGUCUUCCGUUGAGUACCUGGGCCACAUUAUCGACGGUGCUGGGCUGCACAAGGCACCAUCUAAGGUAAAAGCUGUCGAGGAAGCUCCAUCCCCACAAAAUGUGAGUCAGCUGCGAUCAUUCUUGGGACUACUGACGUACUAUGCAAAGUUUGUGCCGAACCUAUCAAACAUGUUAAAACCACUGCAUGAACUGUUGAACAAAACCACACAGUGGAAGUGGUCAGACAGAUGUGAGGAAGCUUUUAAGGAAGCUAAAAGAGCCUUAGUCCAUUCAGAAGCCCUCACACACUUUAACCCCGACUUGCCAUUACAGUUAGCGUGUGACGCAUCGCCUUAUGGUGUUGGUGCUGUGAUCUCACACAUAAUGCCAUCAGGUGAAGAAAGGGCAAUUGCUUUCGCAUCACAGACUUUAAGCAAAGCAGAGAGCAAUUAUGCACAGAUAGAGCGCGAAGCACUCUCUAUAAUCUUCGGAGUUAAGAAAUUCCAUCAGUUUCUGUUCGGAAAACGAUUCACGCUGCUCACAGACCAUAGACCACUCACCUCCAUCUUUGGUCCCCACACUGGAAUUCCAUCGCUAGCAGCCAGCCGCAUGCAGCGAUGGGCAUUACUAUUGUCUGCUCACCAGUAUGACAUCAAGUACAGAAGAGCUGAGCAGCACUCUAAUGCAGACGGCCUCUCAAGGCUUCCCUUACCUGUCUCACACACGAAGUACUCCGAGGCUAAAAUCUUCUACUUCAAGGAAGUGAGCAACGCCCCAGUUACCUCAGCCCACGUGAAGAAGUUCACCCGCACUGACCCAGCGAUGUCUGAGGUCAUGGACAUCAUCACUCAUGGGAGAGAAAGAGAGCUGUCAGACAGCCUAAAGCCUUACCUGGUGAGGAGGAACGAGCUCACAGUGCAGGCUGGAUGCUUGUUAUGGGGUUUUCGAGUUAUCAUUCCGUCGCCACUGAGAAAGCAGGUGCUUGAGGAAUUCCAUUCAGGGCACUGUGGCAUGGUGCGAAUGAAGGAGAUGCGCAGCUACUUUUGGUGGCCAGGCUAAGACGCAGCUAUCGAAGACAGGGUCAGGUCAUGUUCUGCAUGUCAAAAGAUGAGAAACAUGCCUCAGCUAGCGCCACUACACCCAUGGGACUUCCCAGAGGAGCCUUGGCAGAGAAUUCACAUAGAUUUUGCAGGUCCACUGGAGGAUUGUAUGUUCUUAGUCGUAGUUGACGCACACAGCAAAUGGCCAGAGGUCGCCAUAAUGAAGAGCACUUCAUCAGAUAGAACCAUCGAGGAGCUACGGUCCAUCUUCAGUCGCUUUGGAUUACCUAUGCAACUCGUUAGCGAUAACGGCCCCCAACUGGUAUCUGAAGAGUUCCAGUCAUUCAUGGAAGCAAACGGAAUUCAGCACAUCAAGUCAGCUCCCUAUCAUCCCGCCACAAAUGGCCUAGCGGAAAGAUUUGUGCAGACGAUGAAGCAAGCUCUAAAAUCAUCACAAGGAAACGGAACGCUCAACAAGCGCCUAAGCGCCUUCCUGUUGACCUACAGAAACAUCCCCCAUGCUACAACCAAAGUGGCCCCCGCGUCAGCCAUGAUGAAAAGACAGCUUCGCACACGACUUGACCUUCUGAGACCACUGAAGACUAAGCAGGUCGUACAGACACAACAGAGAGCACAGGUGGAGAGACGGAGCAAAGCGAAAGACAGAAGCUUCAGAGCUGGUGAGAGAGUUCUUGCUCGGAACUACUGCAAAGGUCCAAAGUGGAUACAAGCAACAGUUGUCGCACAAACAGGCCCUGUGUCCUACACAGUUUUAACACCAGAUAACAUCAUCUGGAGGAGACACGUGGAUCAACUGUUGCCAGGAACCAACCUCAGUGAUGACUCAGGUCAAAUGGCAAACCCAGAACAGCUACUGGAGCCAUUCCAUGGUUUUGAGCCAUCAUCUGAACAUCCACUGCAGCCACCUGAAAACAGGGAAAGUGUUCCCUACUCACCUGAACCAGUGGGUGUGCCUACUCAGGGUACUGAUGCACCCCAGUCUGGGCAUACACCAUCACCACUCAGACUCAGAGACAGUGGGACUGUCGACUUACCCGUACGUCGUCAUUACCCCACAAGAGAACGGCGACCCCCUGACAGGUUGAACAUGUAGUUUAGAGACUAACCUCCAACAGUGGGGCAGAAUACACCCCAGGGUUAAGUCUGGGAAAUGAGGCAGUCUACCCUCUUUCCCUAGUUCAGGAAAUGUUAUUAUAUUAAUUUAUAAAUGUAUCUAUUUAUAUAUUGAGUGUUAUUUUGUAAACAUUGUUAAAGUAAAAUGGGACUGUUAUAUUAAAAAGAUAGUUUCUUUAAGGUUUGGGACUGUUAUAAAAGAAUAAUCAAUACAGUGAAUAUUACUUUUACUUAUGGGGAAUUAAAAGUAAAGGGGGAGGAAUGUUGUGUAUUGAUAUCCAGUUAAGUUUGUUCCCUCAGGGCAUCCGUAAUGCCCCACUGUUUACCUGCAUUGCAUGCUGGUUAUUUUCUGUCCUGUGAAACUCACAGUAAAGUACGCACGUCUUUUCCA